AUCUUCCUCCUGGACUGCCAUUCACUCUUCGUAACAGCAGGCAAUUCUUGAGGGUAUUUUGCAGUUUUGGUACUUGGAAGGAGCAAUGCAUCAGUUUUGGUAGUUUGGGGUACAAAGCGUAAAACACCUACUAGUUGGAGGUUGAAGCCAAAAUAAAAAACGUGAUGGUCAAAGCAUACGCACAAGAGUACAUUUACAAGCACCCAUGGGAGCGGGUAACUUCUGCAUCUUAUCGCAAGUUUACUGACCAUGAGAACAGGCACAUAUUGACCCAUAUCCUUGAAGUUGACACGUUAAGCUGUAAGGUUGACCCUAUAUCUAAGAAGCUUUACACCGCUCGUGCAGUCACUGCCCAUUUUCCUGGACCAUGGUUCAUACGCAAAAUUGUCGGUCAGGAUGUCUGUCACUGUAUUGAAACAACAAUCGUCGAUGCCAAAUCGCGGUCGAUGCAACUCACUUCCCGAAAUGUCAGUCUUCAGAAGUUCAUUGAAGUGGAGGAAAAGAUCCAAUAUGAACCCCACCCAGAUAAUCCAAAAAUAUGGACAACUUGCAGGCAGGAGACUAAUAUUCAUAUAAAGCCAUUACCAGCACUGGCAUCAAUUGCGGAGAAGGCAGAGCAACGAUCUGCAGAGAAGUUUGUGAAGUAUAGUGCUACGGGUAGAGAGGUUAUGGAGAGGAUCUGUAGAUAUCUUGAAGCUGAAUCUGCACAGAUUGCUCUCUAAUCCAAAUCCGAAGUUCCGAACCUCGAAGCUAAAAUCCUCUUCUUAACUUUAUCUCUUAAGAAGUGAGAAACAUGUGGAUGUGAUUAAAAUUAACAUCUUUAUUCUUUAAAUCCUAAUGAUUAAAGGAUUUUAUGCCA